UGACUAUUCCCAUGUUUCGUAUGCAAUUCCUAUUUUAGUGAACGAAGUCAUUUGAAUGAAUAAACGGAAUUUGAUUCAGACGUCGGAUUUUCAUGUAUUGAAUAUUCCCUUUCGGUAACUGUGUUUUUUGACAUGGUGUAUAACAAAGGCAACUUUUUCCUGCAAAGUAUGCAUUACAUUCGGCAUUGUCAGAAGUUAUAGAUAGAAAGUCGCACAAUUGACAUCUAUUUUGCCCAGACACAAAUUUGACUGAAGUAAUGUUUAAUUUAGAACUGUCGAAUUUUAAUUCACAGAAGUUCACAUGCAAUUGAUUCGUGAAUUGUAUUCGUCACAUGUAAAGUUCGGGGUAUCAACUGGGCUCUGUACUUUGCUCAAUAUUUCAAGGGUUAUUCAUAACCGAUUCUAAAAGCGCACAACUCGAGAUUAUAAUCCCCGCAUAUAAGAAUUCUAAUCCAAAUAUUGAAUCAACGCCGAGCUGUCYGAUCGACGUAAUAUGAUAAAAGUAACUUUCAAAAAGUAAAAUUGUGUAAUGCUUAUUGACACUUCCAGCUUUAAUCCUCAGAUAGAGAGACUGGUGAUCGUAAAAAAAGAUUAAUGCAACAGACGCCACAAUUGCUCAGAAUUCUAGAUGUACCAUUUGUAUAGGCCCUUAUUAGCAAUAUAAUAUUUGUGUGCAGACCUACUUUCAUUCUUUUUAAAUUUUGUUUUGUAGUUAUUUUGGAAGUAUURGCUCUCAAAUACAAAAAAAAAAAGACAAAAAAAAAACGCUAAUUGUACAGAAAGGAAGGAAARACAAUACUUAUAAUGGCACAUGGAGACUUGUUUCCACGUUGGCGAUCACUUUGUUUCGUCUGUUGCUGUUUGGCGUUUUAGUCAAGUCAAGAACUUCCCCACAGUCUCCGGCGCCCCCAUGAACACUAACUCUCGCCGAGCGAAUAUUUGCGUUUUUGAAGUAAACAAGUUUUGUUUGAUCUACACAUUAUACAACGCCGCAUUGAGUCCAUAUUGUUAGCGUGGUUAUAUGUGUUAAAUAAAGGUUUGCUUGCAAGUGGAAAAGCAGCAACKUUGUGAUGAUAACGUACUCAUAAUGUUCUUGUGAACGAGCCUUUUUCGCGCGCUAGAACUUUAUCAAUCCAAGCGCGUUAAGCAACACAAUCUAUUCCACUAGCUAACGUACGUUUUUAAGGCGUGACUACAGCUCUUCAAUACCUUAAAAUCUUAAGUAAUUAAUUAAUUUUAUGGUGACCUAUAUAGACCAAGUAAAGUUCGCAGUGAUAGMUGCUAAAGAACACUCAAAAAGGGUUCAACUUAGACGGUGCUAUUUUUUAAGGCUUUUUUUAUGACCAACUACCCGCUUUCUUUAAACGAUAAAACACCGGCAAUCCAUCCUUACGGUCGGAAAGACUAGAUUUAGACAUCAUCAUAUCGCAGACGCUAAAACCUGCUUGGUUAAAAUACCCAAUGAAAAAAGCCGAUACCAUUAGAUAUUUUGAUGGCAUGACUGAUGCGUUUUGGAUCACGAGUCGAAAGUCCAAUUGUAUUAUAUCAUACCACCGUAGCAAAAUACUGCUUAUAGAUAUCCCUAGUGCAUUUAUCCAAUAAGUGUAAAACACCAUCUUCAUAUCUCUGUUGCUUUUAAUCCCCCUUUGCCUACGAUAUCUCAGAUCAAAAAGAUCAAAACUAUGGCAUUAACUUAUGUCUUUGCGUUUUCCUGUUCUUGAGUGAUCUCUCAUCCAAUAGUUGAAUCCGGCGGCUCCACCAAUAAUCGUUUAAGCUCUGAAACUUAGCUGUCAAUCAAAURCAUUGACAGACACGCCUACGCGAGGGCAUGCUUUAAAACACGGUUUGAAACCAGGUUAUAUUCAGUACAGACUGAAGCACAUGGAGUAUCAUGAUUCGCUGUGCUGUAUUGACGAGAUACGCAAGAGGAUGAAAGCUUUGGUUGUUAUCCAUGAGAGCCACUUGAAGAUAAACACGAUUGCUUUGUGCUCGUUGGAAAGCACUGUGAAUUGAAGAUAAAAUCCUUGGCUGGUCUGUCAUUGUAASUGAUCUUCGGUCUUUAACACCGAGGAAAAAAAAAACACUCAAUCAAGAGAAAAACAGGUGAAUUCUUUCUUAAUUCAAAGAAUUGUUCGAUCUCUGCCAGUAAAGAASUCAUUGUAAAUCAACAACAAGUGUCUUAAGGGUUUGGAUUAAGUGCUAUUUUAAAAGAAUUGGUCGAUCUCUAAAAACAGCGAAGAGAAGAGAAGAAACGACCACGCAAGAUCACUAAAGCGGUCUGAUUCAGCUUGACUUAAAAAGACACUGCCGACCUCCAGGUGAACAAGCAUUGACGUCUUGGGAACGGCGAAGGGGACAUCGUUAAUUGCUGUAUUUUAUCAACCGCUCUAGGCAAGGAACAUGUUUUGUAUAUUAGUGAACAAUUAUCCCUGAAGAAGUCUUGUAUGACGACGCUAGGAAAUCAUAUCUUAUUCAAAACCAACGUGAGCGCAUAAAUAAAGGAAACUGCGAAGAUUAUUAAGGAAAAGAACUGCAUUAGUAAGGAAGAGAACGAAGGAACACAUUGGAGAGGAAAGAGCUUGGAAACUUGCUCUCAAACAUUUAACGUAGCUUUACGAAAAGGAAUUUCUUUGAAUGCUCUUCUCUGCUUAAAAAAAUAAGGAUGAACGAAACACAAGGCAACUUCACAGACAACAUCGACCAGCAAACCUAUCUUGCUCUAGUAGCAUCAUUAAGUUGCAUGUCAAUCACAAUCGUCGCGACCAAUGCGUUUGUUUGCGCAAUAGUCUACCUCAAUAAGACUGUACGGACAUGUACAAACUGCUUUGUGGUCUCACUCGCAGUAUCAGACAUUAUAAUGGGAGCUUUCUUCUUUCCGUUACACAUCGCUGUACCGAGUUUCAAAGGCAUUGGCAUCUUGACGGCUGUUUCUCUUCUAGUAGGCGUUGCCAACGUAGUCUGCUUGACAUAUGAUCGAUACCUGUCAAUCUCAUCACCUCUGACGUAUACUAUGGACAUUCAGCAUCGGUUUAAGAAAAUGAUUGUGCUCUGUUGGGUAGUGCCCAUUCUCUACGCGUUCAUACCGCUGGCCUGGAAUACCCGAACAGAUAAUUUGGCUCACGUUAUCUAUACGUUUACAAUGUCGAUCUGUGGUGUUAUAAUUCCAUACAUAUUCAUUUUCUCUGUGUAUUUCUACAUCUUCAAACAGGUUAAGAAAUGUAGUAAGCGCUUGCAAACUGAGCUGACUGACCAGCGGACUGUCACUAAUAAGAAGACCCAUCUAUUCAUCGAGCUGAAGGUCGCAAGGGUUUUUAUUGUCAUUGCAAGUAUAUUCUUAUGCUGUUGGGCGCCUGUAUUGUAUAUAACCACUGUUGAGAACUUYAGAAAGCCSCACYUGGCACCACAGGCAGUCCACAUUACCGCGUUCUAUAUGCUUGCUCUAGAGUCUCUMGUAAACCCCUUCAUAUACUGUUUUCUUAAACCGGACAUUCAGUCGGCCYUACGGCGAACACUAAAAAAAACCUGGCGUCGGGACAUGACGAUUCGAUUCACCUCCAAGGCUAUCGACAACGGGAUUGUAAUCGGGACGAGUAAUACCAAUUUAAGGGUUAGUAAUAAUGGAAGCAGUGGACAGCUUAAUGCUCUAUAAGGUUAUUUAUGACUUMAUUUUGAGGAUCGGCAACCGGCAUCCUUUGCGGGCUUGUGUUUAUGUUUAAAAAUCAAAAUGCAUUAUAAUAUAUUUGAUAAACUUACUCUUUAUAAUCCCUUUAUGAUCUAUGAAUGGAUAUGAUUUAAAUUUCGAUCUUAAAACCGACGGAUKAAUYUCUUCAUUCGUGWAUGAGAAAUCUAAAUAMGACCGCAUUGAAUGCUGGUUGACCAGGCCCCUUUAAGCGUGCACGUAAGAAGAUAUUGAUUAGAAACAAAUAUUAGCUUUCGCAUUGUCAUUAGCACAMKUGAAUCAAGCCGUGUAAAUAUAGUGCUAGMCUGUGUAAAUCCAUUCCCACCCCUCMUCCCAUGCGGGGAAAAUUCAAGGAGGAAUAUUCCCACUAGGGRAARGGAUAGGAKACGGAUGUACACAUGUUGAUAUAUGUUGAAGUCAAUGCCAUAAACGUUGUUUACUAGUAAAGACAUAAAGACAACAACAAUGUCAUUUUCAUAAAAUGUUGUUGUUUUUUAUUUCAAUCUCAGCGAAAAAUUUUGAUUUAAAUCUCCAGAUCAUAAGCUUGCAAGUUAAAAUGUUAUUGGCAUCGCCAUAAAGGUUGGGAACUUAAGCUUGAAUAAUUUUCAAGAAAAUAUACAAAUAUGAUAUAUGYGAAUGACUUCGUUGUUGUCUCUACGUCUUUAAAAUUGAACAACAUUACUGUGAUCGACUGUGUAUUGAAAAAAUAUACUCUUGUUUUAAAUGGCCAGAGCCUAUAGCGAUGCAUUGAUGUCAGAUAUCGAUUGAUUUUCGACUUUGAUGUAUGCCAUGAAAUAAAGUAGUGUGGAGAACAAGUUAUACGAAGAGCGAAAAGCGCUAUCUAGGGAAUCAAAUCCUUACCAAAAAGAUAAAAUCCAUACAAAAUCCAACCACCAUUUGAACAACUGAUACCCUGGCCACUGAUUGGCUGAUCGGCGUCCUUUAAAGACUGAACGAGUGUUUUGAUUGGCUGAGAAUCGCGAUUCAUUUUAUUUGCUUCUUUUGAUAAAUAGCGACGCAAUUUCAAGAAGAAUUGUUCCGAAGUGAAUAGCUCGCCUUCUAUGGAAAGAUGUUUGUUKUGCUGCAUAAUAGAAAGAGGCAUGUCAGCAUAGAACAGUUGCUAAUUUUAACUGCCGCUAGUUUUGGAAUUGGCCUAUAUCAAACUAGUAUACAAUUUAUAUUGCUGAGUUGUAGCGUGUACAAACUUGUAAAAAACAUAAAUAAUUAUAAACUAAGUUGAUACAAAAAAUAUAGAGAAAAACCAAUGAUUAUAUAAGAUAUUCCUUCAGGAUAUUUUGACAAUUAAGAUUGCAAAGAGCGCGAUGACAGAGAUAAUUACUAUGAAAAUUUGGAUCUGAACGAUUUGUUAACAAUUAAAACAAAUCGCUUCAGGUAUUACUUGAUUUUAAAUGGCUCAUUCGGGGGUGAAUUCCUCCGGACACAUAAAAUUUUACGAUUAUUCUUAUUUGAUUAUAUAAGUAUCAAAAGUUGCGAUUACAAUCAAUGGCCAUAUUUGGUCAGACAUUGUAUUCCUUCGAAAAUGUGUAAAACCAAUGUUUUUGUUAAAAAAAUACACAUUCGAGGUUUGUAGAGCGAUCGCACUUAAACCGUACAACUGUACAAAAUCUAAGUAGUACUAAUUUUUACUAAAAGUGGACCUGAACCAAGAUAGUAUUGAAUGCUUCAUUUGUAUCAAUUCAAUUCAAUUUGCGUACCGCAUGAACAAUUUUCUAAAUGCAACUAAUAAGCACUAUUUAGUUUGUAUAGUUWCACGGUUUAAGUGCGAUCACUCUAUAACUCUUAUGUAUUUAAGGUAAAUAAAAAUUUGUUUGAAAAGAUAAUGUGCUUUCGUGGAUAAUAUUUUAAACAAAAUAUUACAUGGUCGCUUGGAGAUACGAAUUUCAACUUCUGUGGUGUUGAAAUCUUCAACUCUUUUUUUUAGCACUCGGAAAUAAAAUCAGUUUCUCAGAGUGUACAAGUAUUUUGGGUCGACACAAAAAGGUUGGCCUUUUAUAGUUCGAUUGAUAUCAUUCUGGUAGAGGUCAAUCACUAGAAUCGUGGAAAAGCGCUAAACAAAUAGUGCUAGAUAGCACAAAAUAGUGUAGAUUAGGAAAUAAAAUACAAACCAGUUCACUUUGAAUUCAGUAGAAUUUACCAAUAGAGUGUCUUUUGCUUAAAGGGUGAAACAUUAUUUUGAAAUACUGUUUUGUAGUGUUUUGUGUUAAUUCUUUUAAAUUCUUUUGUUUUCUUUUGUUCAACUAGCACCAUUAAGUUAUUAUUACUAUUGCUAGUAUUAUUAUUUAGUAUUUAGUGUUUCACGCUUUUACAGAAAGUACCCUAUCUAAUAGGUAACUUUUUCAUGGUUUUAGUGUUUGMACUCAAGUGAAGAAAYAUAAAAUUAAAUGAUAUUAUAUUGUAAAUUUGAAUAAAACUGUGUUAUAGAAAUAAAAUAAAGUGUACAAAUUAUUACAA